AUGUCUGAUAUUGGAAGUGGUUCGACUGAAAUGGUUGCUACAUAUACAUAUCGUUAUCACUUCUGUAAAUAUUUGACACCAAUACGUACGGGUAUAGGUUUGCUAACAAUUUUAGUGGUUUGGUUAGCAUCGAUUAACUCAAUUCUAUCAAUCAAUUCAUUUCCAUUUGGAAUAUAUUUGGCUUUCAUUGGAGUGCCUUUAUUUUUGCUCGAAGCAGGCUAUAUCAUUCGACUUUGUUGCGGAGUUGAAGGUGUAUGUUGUCGAGUAUUUACAUUGAUUUUGAAUUUUGAUGGUAUUAAACGUGGAUUACUCUAUUUAUUCUUUGCUAUUUUUUGUUUUUAUCCAAAUCUGACAAAAUCAACCGUUUCUCCAGGUAUCUUUUUGAUUUUAACCGCCAUUUUGUACCUGUUAAAACCGAUACAAUUGAAGAAAAUAGUAGUGGCACAUGAGAGCGAAUCAACUGUACAAUCAGUUCGAUGA